AUGCCAGGAAGGCGUCGUUUGAAUGUUGACGACUACCACAGCUCGAGCAGUCCGGUCAGGCGCCGAAGACGUGUUGAUGAAAACGGGAGCAACACUCCACCACGGAAUGCAGGCAUGCUUUCAAAGGAACAACAAGAGCGUCGAGAUGCCGAGAUGGCAUUGGAAUUGCAGCGAGAAGAGGAAGAACUAUUGAUUCGCGAGCGUGCGCAGGUUAUCGAACCUACGCUCACUCCUGGAGCUCUUUUACGCAUUAUUGGUGAUUCUCUUGCGACAAAUGCAGCCCCAGCUGGUCAUUUGGGCACGUUGCGACGUAACAACUCAAAUGUCCUCCAACGGUCACGGGGUCGCCACAAUAGAACCCGCUCUAGAAGCCUUGAUCUCCCGCGAGAUACUGGAAACAACGUUGUGGUGUUGCUGCUCAAUUCGGGUAAUUCUUCGAGCAUGCAAGCCGUAGCGGAUACUCUAAUCGAAAUUGGAACAAGAAUGCAAGCAGUAAAUGGUUUAGAAUUCAAUGUACAGACAGACGAAACACAAUCCAUGACAAGUGAUGAAACCGAAGAAAUUGAAAGCGAUGAGUCGGUUGAUCUGGAAGAAAGUAUGGAUACGGAAUAUAGCAGCAGUGAAAUGUCUUUUACUGGCCUCAACGCUUUUGAAUCGGAUGAAUUCGAAGACUCAUCGAAUGGAUCUCUCUCAUCGGAAGACUCGAUCAUGUACUCGGAUGAACACGAGCGUGGUUUGACGGAUUCAGGAGAAAGUGAUGUUCAUUUGAAUGAUUCGAUGGAUGAUUUGGAAUCGGAAAACAAUUUGAGCACGGGCGAUAAAAAUGACGAUGAGUCUGAAGAGGGUUCCACUCAAUCGUUCGACUCUGAAGAUGAUGAUGAUGAUGAUCAGAUUUCGGAUGGCGAGAUUUCUGACUAUUCAUCCGAAUCUGAAGAACUGGAAGUCACUCCGGGAAGAAUGGCUAUUUAUUUGUCUAUCUCAGAAGAGUCACUGAGUUACGAAUCUUUGCACGAUCGCGCAAGUGGUGGAGGCUCGAUGAAUGAUGCCCAAAUUGAACUUGCCUCAAGUGACGGUGAUGACAUGUUUGAUGGAGAACUAACGCUUGGAGAUGAUUCCGAGAUUGACAGUGGUGAUUCAGAAGAUGGAGAUGAUGAGGACGAGAACGAGUCAAUUGCCAGCAGUAACGAUGGAUCAGACGAUCAUUCAAUCGAAGAAGAGGGUGAAUUGAAUGGUGCAAGUGCUGGCUCCACAACUGAGGAAGGCGAGAGUGGUGAUGAUGAUGACCUUGGUCAACCACUUAUGUUCGCAGAAGUGAACGGACCCCUUGGAAGGCAUUUAAUGUCUGGACAACUUUUGCGUAUUAGUAAUUUGUUGUUAGCUAGCGAACGACGUGAACGCCGUGAUACCACUCCACUUGAAGAACCUCGAGACGAAACGAUGAUUCAGUGCUCAGACUGGGGUCAAUGCACGAUUUGCUUCGAGGAUGCACCAUAUGAUCCCGUUGGAUGUCUUCAUUGUCAGCAAUUGAUUGGAUGCAAGCCGUGUGUGAAUCGCUGGUUCCUCGGAAGCAGGCGUCAACGUGCAGAUAGUCCAUUGAGUCUCGGACUAUCGGGAGUCAAUCAUCGGCAAUGCCCUCUGUGCCGUCACGAGUAUGAGGCUGGCACUCCCGAGGUUGGCUCUAUGUUUGUUCUCGCGCCAAAGCAU